ACGUAGGUUUACACUGUUGGCGAGUUGUACCGCCCAGCAUCUUUCGACGGGUGUUGAAACAUGGAGUAAAUCGUGAGUUCGACUGAAUGAUUCAUCCCAAGACUGACCUGAUCCUGACUGAAUGGGUGGGACAUCAAAUGAAAGAUGUAUCGUCUGGUCCCGUCUCCAAAUACGAGAAGCGCCAUUUGCCUAUUUUUCUUGAUCGGUGCAAUGCUGAGUGUUAACCACGUACUGAUAUACAAACAUGCCGCACGACACAAUCACGUCUUACGAUCGAAGAGAGACGUAGAACGGCAAAUCAGUUUGGUUAUGUCCACCUCAUUGGUCACUGAAAAUAUUACCAUAGCAACUGGAACAAACAAAUCUGUUGUAACAAAUAUCAAACAUUAUGCCAAAGACAUAAAAAAUAAUGUUCCUGAAGGAAAUAGUCACCAAACUGGUUCUCCAAAGACUUUAGAUAUAAAGGUCUAUGGUAAAAACGAAUUGCAUUUUAAACCACUGCCGAACAUAACACAGUUUGGCAAAAUUGAAAGUGAAAAGAAUGAACCCAAAUCCCACAAAAAUAUGGACGGGAACAAGAACAGGAACAAGAUCAGGAUUAAUCUGACGACCAACAGCAAUAAGAACAAAAAUUUCACACAGCAUGUGAAGCCACGGUGCCGAGACCUUAUAGCUGGAAACACGAGUCAAAUACAAGAGGCCAUACUGUACGGCGAGGCGCAUCCCUACAAGCCAUCACUGCCAUAUACUCAUAUGACCAGGAACUGUACCAGGUUCUUAAACCAGAGAGGCUACAUCAUGGACGUUAGUGCUGAGGAGACUGAGUUCCCUCUUGCAUUUAGCAUACUGAUGUACAAAGACGUGGAGCAAGUGGAGAGGCUCCUCAGAGCCAUUUAUAGGCCAUCUAAUUACUAUUGUGUACACGUGGACAAGAAGAUGUAUGAGGCAGACUUCAGUGCUAUUAAAGCUGUUGUGGAUUGUCUGCCCAAUGUGUUUCUAGCAUCUGUGCGGAUCAAUGUGAGGUGGGGAACAUAUUCUGUUCUGAAAGCGGAUGUAAAAUGCAUGAAGGACCUGUGGGCGUAUCCUUCCUGGAGGUAUUUUAUAAACCUGUCUGGUACUGAGUUUCCUCUCAAAACAAACCGUGAGAUUGUCAGGAUUCUGAAGACCCUGAGAGGUGCCAAUAUAGUUGAUGCCGAGAAAGAAGUGGAAAAGUGGAAGCGCAUUCGAUGGGGUCGAGCAGGACCGCCUCCAGUCGGAAUCAACCUACACAAGGGAAAUACUCACGUCCUAGUGUCCAGGGAGUUUGUCGGCUAUGCGUUACACAGCCCAGUUGUCCACAAGUUUAAAAUAUGGCUGAGAAAGACAAGGAUACCAGACGAGACGUUCUUUCCUUCGUUAAACCACAGCCCCCUAUUAAGGAUCCCCGGCUCGUUUUUAGGUGACGACUGUGCCACAGAUUACGACAGUAAACCUUACAUUGCUCGAUUCAAAAACUGGGGACCGAACGCUCCUGAAAGAUCCUUUGCUUGGCCAUGUCACGGGAAGCGCGUGCGUGAAAUCUGCAUUUUUGGCGUGGGUGAUCUCCCUUUGUUGACGACACGCCGAGAACUGUUUGCAAAUAAGUUUUAUAUAAACUAUCAGAACCAGACACUGGACUGUAUGGAAGAAUGGCUGUCUGAAAAGAUCAGGGAAGAGCAAGCAGGCCGGGCACAUCUUAAUGUAACUUUCUAUGAACAAAUGCCAAACCUGAAAUACAUAUGCAGACAAAACUGUACUGUACUAUAAUUGUAUAAAGAAGAUCGUAUCAGGUUCGAUCCACCCAUGAUUUGUUCCCACCAGUUUGCUGCAGGCAGGAAGGAAAUGGUGCUACCCGAAUAAGGUACAAAACGUCGCCUUUCAAAAUGUCCGGUAAAUUUGACAUUAAUAACUUUCAGAAAUCAAUGUCGCUGGCAUAGGAUAUGGAAUUGACGUCUUACAAUGGCAGCCAUGUUGUAUGUUUCGUGUAAGUUCAUCGGCUAUGCCACCAGUUAUUUUAGUUCUCUAAGCUCAUCACAGCGACAUAUGACCGGCGUCGUGGUGGAACCUGUAUGCAUUGAGGAUAUCGGCACAUAUUGCUGCAACAGCUGUUUGUUGACAUUUUGCUUUUUUCUAAUACAAUUCUUUAAACAUUACCAGAGAACAGAAAUGCCUAAUGUCUGUGUAUCAUCACAAAACAUUAAUCUUGAUCAAGUAAUGAAAUGAAGAUAGCCGUUCGGCAAAGUCCGGCGGGCGUCGAAGUCCUGUACAUUCAUUGUUUGAUAAUAUGUGACUGUAAAUAUACUAGGCGUCAUUAAUAAAGGGUCACAUGAUA